CCAAAACAGAUGUCAAAUGUCAAAAUAUCAACUUAACCUCGAAUCCUCGAAAAAUGAAUUGAAAUUUGCUAACAUUUAUUAUAUUUUACAAUUCCUGUGUUGUUGUUGAAACUAAACCAUGGAUUUUCAGAACAAUUUCAAGGAUUUUCUUAAAGCCGCAGAUUCAGAACAAGACAGAGAGUUUAGGGAGUUGCAAGAAGCGAUUGAUAGGUCGAAGGAAACAGCAAAAGAUGAGAAAUUGCAAAGAGAGUUUGACCGGCAAUCUGUGGAGAUACGGAAUUUUUACAAGAAAAGUGAAAAGUCUGAUGACGCAGUUCCCAGAGGAAAAAAAAUCAUUCGAAGACAGAGGUCGCACCAAAAAUUGCCCACUUUACAUAAAGGGUUUUUGGAAAUUGUGCACCAUGACCCCGUGUUUCAGCUCCCAAUUCCCACAAAUCCCAAAUUCAGGAAAUACUCCAUCUCGCAGCGGGCGAAUUUACUAUCAGAAUCCUUUACACAGAUUGAUAAGUGUGUCACGAAAUUGGCGCUAGAGUCUCUUGUCAGAGCGCCUUUUCCUUCCCCUAUUCAUCCUUCAAACAACUACAAAAACCCUGAAACAAGCAACGGAACUAGUAGCAACUUUGAAGAAUUAGUGGACCAAAUUCCAGUUGAAAAUCUUUACGUCAGUCGCUCGGGUCGCCAGGUUAAACGAAAAAUUUACACGGAACAGGAGGAUGCCGAUAGCGAGCCUGACUUUGCCGGCGCGAUGAAGAAAAAUAAGCCGGAAAUUGGAGAUUCAAGUACAAAAAUCAUAUUAGACACUCCCUAUGUUCCUGAAGAAGGUCUCAUCACCGAAGAAAAAAAUACAAGCACCAAACUCGCAAAACCGAAGAAAGAGACCCCAAGAAAAAGCUACUCCUUGAGCACCAAAAAGCCCACCAGCAGGUCUGAUGCGAUGUAUGAAAAACUUCUCCAGGACGAAGAGAAACGAAAACAGCAAGAAGCGGAAAUGGAAGAUUUCGAGAAAACUCUCCCCACUUUGGAGAAUUCCGAAGACUUUGUGAUUGAGACAAGCCCGGUUAGAGAGAAUGAGGAAAACUUUCAGAGGAGGAGGGUGCCUCCACCAGUUUUUGGUAAAAAAGCCAGGAAGCCGAGAAAAGUGACAAAACAAGAAGAUCCUGGCCCAAGUAGUGAAAUACUUUCCGAAAGACCAGUAUUAAAACCCAGCGCAGUCCUCCCUAAAAAUUCCACAAAGUCCAAACCUCCCGGAAAAUCGGUGACACAAGUUGAUAAAAUGAAUUGCCCCAUUUGUGACGGGGAAUUUUUAAAGUCUGAAAUUGAGGAUCAUGCCGCGUCCUGUGGCAUUGAAGACGACGUUGUCGAGAAUCUCAUUCCUCAAAGUGGGGUAAAAAGAUUAAAAUGCGAAAUCUGCAACAAGGAUUUUCCUGCAAACGCGGAGUUUGAAGUUCAUGUGAGGCACUGUAUUGCCACACAUCUUGUAAUGUGAUAUUGAGAGUUGUUACAAAGGUGUCAUACUUGAGCCAUUCAGAGUUAAACAUUUUGCGUUUUCACUCUUGUACAGUACAUAUUUAUCUACGAGUAGUCUAGAGUCACUUAUUAGUGUUAAAAAUAUUUUUGUAAUACUUAAAUGAAUAUUGUUUUCUUAUCUCGUUGAAAAUAUAAGUAAUUUUUAUAAA